UAGAUGGUUAAUACUAAAAACCGAUAUUCUAGAAACCUUUUGCUUUUGAUUGGUUAUUCUUUUGCUGGUUUUGUACAUGCUAGAAAUAUCCAGUUUAUGCCAUGGUCGAGUCAGACUGCCACUCACUCAUCUAUGUCUUCGUCAGCAACGACCAUUGAUUUGAAUACAGAGGAUAUGGUCGUGGGGAUGAUUUCUGCAGAUACCGAACAUCAAGAAACUGCUUCAGUUACUAUGAUCGCACAGGACACUGGACUGGUAAUGAGUGAUGAUCACUCGAUGCCUAUGGUUCAUGUUAAUCAGCCGUUUAUGCAUGAGUUGGAUAAAGCAUCACUCCAACCUGCUCACAUGCCAAUUCCAAGAAUGCCACAUCCUGUAUCCACAGCUGGUUCCCCAUCACCAAAACCGUCUUUUCGACCUAAUCAUGGUCCUUUACCAUCUCCAAAGAGAACGACUAAAAGCAAAACUGCUACUAAAAAGCCGGCGUCUAAUUCACCUGCUACUCCAAUACCAACACAUUUCUCAAGACAACCUCCGCCACAUCAUACUAGCAUUUCUCACUCAACCCCACAUUCAAGUGCACCUCACCCAUCUACUGCUAAAGGUCCAAUUCCUUCUCCUUUACCUCCUAAAGCUCCAGCCCCAGUUCCAGUACCUUCUUCCAUCCCAUCACAAUCUCCAUCUGCUCCAGUUCCAGUUCCAAGAUCUCCUCGACCCAAUCCAUCCCCACAGCAUGUUCCUUUUACCGCAGUGACAUUGGGUGUAGGAAGCUACGCUCUCACACUCACUGGACCAUUACAGAUUGGAACACCACCACAAACCAUACAAGUGCAAUUCGAUACAGGAUCGUCAUUGACUUGGAUUAGAUCAUCGAGUUGUAAAACUGGAUCUGGAUGUGGCGGACCAAAAUAUGAUCCAUCUCGCAGUCUGACGUGGAGACCUGGUACAGGUUUUACUCAAUCCAUGACCUAUGCAGAUGGUGGAAGUAUCUCAUGUGAAGAACAGCUGGAUGUGGUUCAUCUUGCAGGCACACAACUUGUAUCUGAAAGCAUCUGUUCUGCCAAUAUGAUUACCAAUGCUGUAAAUCAAACUGAUAUGCUGGGUGGUCUUGUUGGAAUGUCUCCCCCACUUGGAAAGGAUAAUACCAACCUGAUGUUGACUCUUGAGCAAUCCUUUGGAUUAAGUAUGGUAUCGUUUUGGUAUAACCAAAUGGCAGUAGAAGGUGACCAUGGAUUGAUCAGUGGUGCAGGAGAGAUUACAUUUGGAGGAUACAAUCCUGCUCGAUUUAGUGGAGAUAUUGAAUGGCUUCCUGUUAUUCCCAACACAGGGUAUUGGUCAGUGAAACUCGAUGGCAUGACAUUUGGAGACAUGAUUGUUCCUGUUCGUAAAGAACUGUCCAGCCAAACCAUUUUUGAUACGGGGACAACUCUUAUUGCACUUCCAUCAGAUAUGUUCACUGUGAUGAACACCAUCAUGUAUGCUGAGUUGGAUCCAGUAGGAGGCAUGUAUAAGCUUGAUUGUAAACACGCCACGACUCUCCCACCAGUAACACUGUUUUUUGGAGGAAAGCCCUAUAUGAUGACCUGGUCUGAGCAGAUUCUGACUGACAAUGUCGAUUGCUGGUCAGUGUUUACACCUACUCUGAAUAUGGGGAUUAUUUUUGGUGUAUCAUUUCUUCGAAACUAUCAUGUUACGUUUGAUUACACAUCAACGCUGAUGCAAGUGGGGUUAGCGGCUACUACGGGACAGGUUCCACAGCCACCAACAUUUACCAGAACACUGUCCAACUCGACCAGUAACGGGAAAACACUACAGACGUCAUCAGGACAGUCAUUCAGCGAAGCCGGGUAUAGACGGACGAGUAUGACCAUAGUAUGGAUGAUUGCUGUGCACAUUUUUAUGGUAAGGGUUCACAGCUAGCAACACUAGACAUGAGAAUGAAGUGAUAAAAUAAAGAAACUGUUACCAUCAUGGUUUAAAGGC